CAGCUGUUUUGCAACGAAGAAAGUCCAAACCCCAAACAAAAGUUGUCACUCCGAAAAACCACCUCCUGACUAAAACGCGUUGAUAUUUGAUUCUCUAGAAAUAUCUACAUAUCAAUCAAUCACUCGUGCUUUUGGAAAGCUUCAUGUUCAAGUUGUAACGUGUAUUUUUUCUUGUCAGUGUUUUCGUGGUUUGAAUACAGCAGUUCAUUUCACAGAGUAUAUCAGAGGUGGGGGAUCGCUGUGCCAUUCCUUGAUUCGUCGACGCCAUGAAGUUCCGCUUUUGUGGCGAUUCUGAAAUACCAGAUUGGUUGCUCACCCAAAUGGCUACUCUUUCUCGUUUGAGUUCAGUGAAGGCGAAGUUGCUUACCCAGCACGUCGCUCGACAUUUGUCCGGACAAGGCAUAGACCUGGAGAAGAGUAAUUCUUUACUGGCCGACUCUAAGCUACCUGAAAGCGAUGUUAAAUCGCUGCUCGGCUCCAUCCAGUUUGUCUUGACAUCUGCGUCACGUUUCUCUACUGGAGAGGACCACCUGCGAGCUGAAUUACAACAAGUUGGACUUCCUCGUGAACAUGCCGCCGCCCUAGCCAAAGUCUAUCACGACAAUGCUGAUUCAAUUCGGAAGAAUUUGAUUCAAGACAGCCUAAUGAUGAACAAGUUGCAGGACAUCACUUGGCGGAUAGUCGAUGGAACCCACUUAAUCGAGUUGACAUUACACAUCAAAGAAGGGCUUGCAUCGGAAAUCCGUACCGUUUCAAUGAUGGCAGAUCCAGCGAAAUUGCAAACUUUACUUUACGAUAUGGAGAGAGUUCGAAAUUUAAUUGCCAAGCACGGGUUGGCUGAUGGGAAAAGAGAAAACAUUUAAAAAGAAUACGCAAUGUUAUCCAAUAUGCGGCUGAGAGUCUCGGGAGGGCAGCCAUUUGUCUC